UUCAUCUCAGAUUUCAGAUCUAAAUUCAGAAACACAUCUCAUUAUACACUUGCAUCACUAUUGUGAAUUCAAUUUGUCUAUCAAUGGCGAGAACGAAGCAAACCGCCAGAAAAUCGACCGGAGGGAAAGCACCACGGAAGCAAUUGGCGACUAAGGCGGCGAGGAAAUCCGCUCCUGCCACCGGAGGUGUGAAAAAGCCACACCGUUUCCGGCCUGGAACCGUCGCUCUGAGGGAGAUCAGGAAGUAUCAGAAAAGCACGGAGCUGCUGAUUAGGAAGCUGCCGUUCCAGAGGCUGGUGAGAGAGAUCGCCCAGGAUUUCAAGACGGAUCUCCGGUUCCAGAGCUCCGCCGUAGCGGCGCUGCAGGAGGCGGCGGAGGCCUAUUUGGUCGGUCUGUUUGAGGACACCAAUUUGUGCGCCAUUCAUGCCAAGAGGGUCACAAUUAUGCCCAAAGAUAUCCAAUUGGCUAGGCGAAUUAGAGGGGAGAGAGCUUAGGUAUGUAGUUGCACGGCAAAAUUCCAAGAAAGGACGUCAUGGGAGCUCUUAUCCGCUAUUUGUACCCGCAAAAAAAAAAUUUUCCAAUGAAGUGAAAGACGCGAGCGCGUCUCGCGUGUAUAAAUAUGAAACAUGCGUCUCUCUCGCGUGUAUAAACAAACACGCAUCACCGUGUCGCGUCGUUGUUUAUACACGCAUGAGGCUCAUGCGUGUUUGCCUCACACCUGAAUUUCGUCGGAGAAAAAUGGCUUUUACGGCCUUCAUUGUAAGCUCCGCUCUCUGCAAUUCAUGCUUGUUUAUGAUUAAUGUGCUCGAUUGUUUUGUUUAUGCUCGUCUUUGCAGCAUUGUAACAAUUUGUCGGAGUCACUCAAGUGCAAGGACAAUGGGAGACCGGUGGUCCUCGGCUGCGAUUCUAACGGUCGGCAGUCGCUGCGCUUCCAAGCUUCUUGACCACUUCCAAUCAGUUCGUUGACGGCAUCCUGGUUCCUAAAAGUGAUACUCGUCUCCGCAUUUUCUCAGGAACUGCCAAUCCUUCUCUGUCUCAGGUCUCUGCUUCUUUAUACACGCAUGAGCCUCAUGCGUGUAUAAACAACGACGCGACACGGUGAUGCGUGUUUGUUUAUACACGCGAGAGAGAGACGCAUGUUUCAUAUUUAUACACGCGAGACGCGCUCGCGUCUUUCCCUUCAUUG